AACUGCGAGGGGGCCCAUUCCAGUGCGGUAGUUCCGCUCAUGGUUGCGGGCUGUUGCUGCGUUCCCGGCGGCACGUAGCCUCCCGAGGAGAGCUGGUGGGGAGUCCGUGCGAUAGAGGAGGGUGGGCGGAUAAAACUAAGCCAACUCGUUCAAUGCAGCCGGGGAGGAGUGAGGGUGCGGAUGGAUUGCGGCUGGAGUUAGGACCGCAGAACUGAUGGCGUCUGAUGUAAGGCAGCGCAAGAUCCCACGGAACGGGGAGGGGGACCGAAGUCCGGCCCCAUCGCCAGCGAAGCCCGGUAUAGGGCUGGCGAAGAGCGGCCGCUGGGGGCUGCUGCCGUGGCUGGGACUCGGGCUGGUGAUCCUGGGCAUCGGAGGAUGGAAACACUACACCGAUUACCAGCGAGCGAAGCAAGAAAAUGCUCUGAGGUCACUUGGCAAUGAAGGCUUGUUCUUGUUUUCCUCAUUUGACCUUAACAGCGACUUGUACCUCAGUCCAGAAGAAUUUAAGCCUCUAGCUGAAAAACUAACAGGAAUGAGCCAAGCCCCUGACUACGACAGUGACGCAGAGACUGAUCCCAAUGCAGAGAUGUUGACGAUUGAAGCUGCGUUCCAGCCUCUCAUCCUGGAAACCAUGACAAAGAGCAAAGAUGGAUUCCUUGGAGUUUCCCAUGGUUCUCUGUCAGGACUGAGGAACUGGAAAACAGCAGAAAUGUCCUCUGGUGUGUUCAGUACCAGCCUGUUCAAAGCCUUCCUUCCUCUUAAGAAUAAACUAGAGCUGGGAGAGACGUGGUGGAUCAUCCCCAGUGAGCUUUCCAUCUUCACAGGAUACCUCUCGAACAAUAGAUUUUACCCUCCUGCGCCACAAGGGAGAGAGGUCCUUAUUCAUAAACUGCUCAGCAUGUUUCACCCACGGCCCUUUGUGAAGACCAGAUUUGCUCCACAGGGAGCGGUGGCCUGUAUCCGAGCCGUCAGUGACUUCUAUUACGACGUAGUGUUUCGGAUCCAUGGAGAAUUCCAGUUGAACGAGCCUCCAGAUUUUCCCUUCUGGUUCACACCAGGACAGUUCACUGGACAUGUCAUCCUCUCCAAAGAUGCAUCGCACGUUCGAGACUUCUGGAUGUAUGUUCCCAAUGGCAGAUCUCUGAACGUGGACAUGGAGUGGCUGUACGGGACAGGCAACAGUGGCAACAUGGAAGUGGACAUCGGUUACCUGCCACAGAUGGAACUCAAGGCUGCAGGUCCGUCUAUUCCGAGUGUUAUCCUCGAUGAGAAUGGGAACGUAAUCGACAGCACUGACCCUUCGGGGGAGCCCAUUCAAUUUGUUUUCGAGGAGAUUGUCUGGCAGUCAGAAAUCAGUUUUGAAGAGGCUGCCAAGAAGCUGGAGACAACUCUGUAUCCGUUUAAAAAGGUUUCCUACCUUCCUUUCACUGAAGCCUUUGAGCGGGCCAAGGCAGAAGACAAGCUCGUGCAUUCCAUAUUACUUUGGGGUGCACUUGAUGACCAGUCCUGCUGAGGCUCAGGGCGGACUCUGCGAGAGACAGUUCUCGAGAGUUCGCCCGUCCUCUCACUGCUGAAUGAGAGUUUUGUCAGCAGCUGGUCGCUGGUCAAGGAGCUGGAGGCUCUCCAGAGCAACCACGAGAAUGAGGAACAUGCCCGGUUAGCGAAGCUGCAUUUAGAACACUAUAACUUCCCUGUUGAGAUGAUCAUAGCUUUACCAAAUGGCAUGGUGGUUCACCACAUCAAUGCAAACUAUUUCCUGGAUGUCACUUCAAUGAAGCAGGACGAGAUGGACAAAGGCCUCUUUGUCUCCUCGCGGUUCGAGGACCCUUCCACUGCAGCUUACGUCCAAUUUCUGAAGGAAGGGCUGGAAAUGGCCAAGCAGUUUGUACCGUCCUAACUAAGAGAAAUGCAUCAGAAUGAAGCUCAGAUUGAUCACGCUGCUCCUUCCCUACAGGCCUUGAUGCAUGGUCACUAACCAUUUACCCAGGGAACCCAGUUAUCUGGGCUUCAGAGAACCGAGGAAAUGGACUACAUAUGUUGCUGAGGUCUGUAUGUGAACAGAGGUGUGGUAUAUGUUGGAAUGUUCCUCUGCUGCACCACAUCCUUGUAAGGUGAUGAAUCAAUCAGUUGUUCUGUGUAAAUAUUGCUGGGAGAAAUUUUAAGUGAGAAAGCAAAUGAUUUGAGAUGUUGAUUUAGGAACUCUCUCUGUCCCAUUAAUAGUCAUCAGAGGAUGAGAAAAUUUUAUCUCAACACUUACAGUAAUUAGGAUUAUUUCAGGAAUAUUAUUUUACAUUUCCACUUCAUUUUCUUAUAAAAUUUGAGUGCUGGCAGGCUCCAGAGCCUUGUGAAGCAUGUCUAUGAAUUUCAUACUUGCAACAUGAUAACCUUAAUGUGUCUCGCUCCUUGUUUUCACUUCCAGCAGUGCUGCCGAUGUCCAGUUACUGAAUUAGUUCCUGGGUGGGAGUUGCCACCACUUCCCAUUCCCUUCUGUGGAACUUUCUUCCUUACUCCCAGGGUUAGCCAGGUCGUUGACUGAUGAUGCUUGAUUUGUUGCCUCCCUGUCAUCCCAGGUCCAUAGAUUUGACUAAUGACCUGGCUGAAGCCCUGUUACAAUUUCAGGUCUCAUGACCUUAUUCCCUGUUUGAGAAGAUCGUGCUCUUCCACUUGUGAAGAUUCAGCCCAUUCUGCAGUGCCUUCUAGCAUGGCAGCAGAGGGGAGGAGGGCAAGACUUGAGAGAGGAUCAAACACAUGGUCUCAAAUAUUAGAUUUGCUUAAAAGAGAGACUUUCUAACCUGACCACUUCUUAAAGAUUCAGAUAAGUAGCAACAAUGCAAAAGUAACUGAAUUGAGGUACAGGAUCUGAAUGUCUCCAUGAAUAAAGCAGAAACGAGGUACAGGGUUGGCUGUGCAGUCUGUGCUCAUGGGUUAUUACAAACCCUUCAUUCUGUUUGAUGCAAAAUCAUAAAAUUUAACAGCACGGAACUGCCCAUCAUUAUUGUCUAGGCUUUCUGAAAAGAACCAUUGUUUCUCUUUUACAAUUGUCUAAUAUUUACCAACUUUUUUUUAAAUAUCCUGUUUUGUAGUCAGUAUUUCUUGUAGGGCAUCACGUGAUUGAACAUCCCUUUGUGCAAGUAUUAUUUCUCAGAGCCUCUUCCUUUUGAUGCUGAGCUUCAGUUUAUGGCCUCAAGUUAAUUGACUGUUAGAUCUGUUCAUUUAUCUCUUUACCGUCAUAACUUUACACCUCUAUUCAAUUUAUUCCAGUGAAGGCCUGUGAUGAUGCUUGCUGGUAUGAUUUUUUUUAAAUGAGUCUGAAUGUUUAAAAUUGAGGACAAGUUGGAAAGUCUAAAAUUGAGGUUUAUUUGGUGGUGUGGGGGGGAAAUGGGAGAAAUAAGUCACUUUAAAAGGUCAGCAACAACACUUCACAGCAACAUCCCUUGCCUAUUAUAAACAACUUGAAACAAACUCCAUUGAAUUGUGACUUAACUCUUGUGAACAGGAGCGUAUAUUUAAAAUUCUGCACACUUUUCCAAUUCAGCUUUAUUGUGGAUGUGAAGAUUGGGUUUUUAAUGCAGAAAAUGAGCAGUCUUAGCAUCAGAACCUCUUGCAUUAACUUGCAAGCCUGGUUCAACUUAAUCUUUAUCUCUAAUAAAUCAAAAUUAUGAAGGGUUUUGCAAGAGUAUAUGAAGCCAAACUGUUAGAAUCAGUAACCAGAGGACCGUGCAUCUGAGGUAACUGGGAGAAAGGAUGGGAAAUCAGCAAAGUGCACCUAGGAUAGAUGUUUGAAAAGGCAAGGUUUGUUGGAAGUGGAACUAAUUAUACAUCUUGCUGAAAGUGCUGGCAGCAAUGCAAUGGGCUGAAUGGUCCUCAGUACUUCUAUUAAUUUGCACAUAGUAGACCAAAUGAUGAUUAGCUACACAAGACUUGCUUAUGAACAGUAAUCCUUCGGGUCGAUUCGUCCCUCUUCAGAACUAUAAGUUCAUCCAGGUCACUUUCAACCUUCCUGGUAGUCCAAUUAUACUGCAAUAAUGUGGUUGUCCAGUCAAGUUCUACCAGUAGUCUACACCAGACCCAGAUACGGGAGAGGAGAAUCCAAGAGUUGGAGCAACACAGGAGCAGUCUCUCAUGAAUCCAAGAGAUGGAGUGCUUUGAGAAGGAGUGAGCCAAAGUCCCAAGUCUUUCCUGAGCCUGUUUGUGCCUGGCCAUUUCAUAUCUCAUUGUGUCCCAAAUGUCAUUUUUGAUGGAAAUCUGAACUGAUUUUUUUUAAAUUUAAGCUAAUCUGUACUAAAUGCUUCCACCAUUGCCCAAAGACUGCUCUGUAGCCACAGAUGACAGACAGUAUUUAAGUACAUUAACACUUGCAUCUACCUAGAGGUUAAGAGGCCUACUCCUGGAUGUAUGUUUACACUCAGUGCGGGCAUCAAUUCCUCUAUCCUGAUCCAUUGGCAUGUGCCAAAUGGGAUUUCAUCAUUGGGGAAGUGGGAUUGGGUUUUCAUAAUGUGAGCAUCAACUGGCUCCAUACACGACCUAGACACAGCCCCUGCCAGUGUGGGUAUAUGAAAGGCAAAGUUAUGACUCCGCCACCAUCCUGGAACUUGCACAAAUACAGAAGUACUGUCAUGACCUUGUGCAACCUGACCAGAUAGUUGAAAUAAGGUAAAUGUAACUGUGCCUCAAGGUUUUCUGUAGGUUGCUCCAUGUGAUAUAAAACAGUUGUCGCUUCAACCUGGCUGUUCAUUACUUUUUCUAUGCAAAGGUUGCUUCGCUAUUUAAAACUAUUUUAUCAUGGCUACAAAAUAUUUAUAGUCAGAAGUAGAUAGGUUUGACAUUUUUGUACUUGAUUUGCAUUUUAUACAUUGACAGCCCAGUGUUAUUUUUAUGCUAGUUAUAACAUGAAGUGCAUCAAAGUGGCUGUGGGGAGAAUCCAGACCUGGCCACCUAGAAGCAGAAGUCAAGGAUGGCAUGGGUUAUUCUUUUUAAGAACUGCAUUAAUGAAGGCUCAUCCCCAAAGCCUGCAAAAGGACUGGGUUCAGCCUGAUGCCAGUGAGCUACUCUUCAGAAGGAACAGCCUGAUGCCACCCUUGCUGAAUAAAUUAAAGUCAGAAUCCAGAGGUCUUUCAUUGUGGUUUCUUUUGUUCAUUGAUUUGCAUUGUGUGGAGUCAAAUGGAAGAAAACAAGAUCAGCUAGGAAUCAUCCAAGUGUUAUAGUAGCUAAAAGGUUGAGGUGCCCAAGUCCCAUGACAGAUUGACCAAGAGAGGCUCAAUUUGAAUUGAAUGUAAAACUCAUGUUACCACUGCCUUUUUUCCUGGAUUUUAUAUCCUUGGGCAAGGACAGUACCUCCUCAGCAAAAUGGCUACAGUCCCUCUCUUAAGCCAUUUCUUGAUAACUGGAGUAGCAGCAGCAUCUCAACACAGUCUUUUAGGCUACCAAAACAUGUACACUGGAAGGAUCAAUACUUGGCUCCUUUGAACUGCACUGAGCAGCUGUUCAGAUUUAUACAUUAGUAGUUCAAUCAGUAUGCAGCUAGCAGAUUUAUACAAUAAGUAACUAUUUCUGCCAUUCUAAGGUUGUACUUGCCUUAAAUACAAAGUUAUUGAUUCAUGGAUAAAGAUCCUGGUUUUGUUACUUGCAAACAUUUUAAUUUGGAAAACAAUUUUUUUGGGAUUGUUGAGUUGCUAGUAUUUCAGUAAAGCAAGUUUAAACUACCAGUUGUUGGCAAUGGACUCUGACAUCUAAAAAAUGUGCAUAUAGGGGGCAAGGUUCUUCACUCACAUUUCUCCAGCUAGGACAGUGCAAUAGUGUACAUUGUUGUAGUACUUAAUGCCAGAAGUUUACAUUUCUGCAGUUUUGUCAUGACUGCAUUUCAGAACAUUAAAGUCACCUACACAUUUUAGAUCCAAUGCAUUCCAGUGAUAUUUAUGAUUACAAUAAGGUAUUUACUAUGAACUCAUUGGCAUCACUACAGAUACACACAUGAUAAUCCUUACAUUAAUUUUCAGUAGCAGCAGGAGAUUAAGGCUGUGUAAUAAACAUGGAACACCAUUCCUGUAACAAAGUGUACAGAUGCACAGUGAUAAGUCAGUAGCAAAGUGCAAGUCAGUAAACUUGCUCAUCCCCAUGCUUUGCUUGGAUUAUAUCAAUACUAUAUGAGCAGAUUUUCACAUAUUCUAGAAGUAUGCCAGUGCUUCACUAUUUAAAACUACAGCCACCUUCACUUUGGCAGUGCAAAACCAUCUUUCUAGGUACACUGGGGGAAAAGGUUCAGAGAGCCCUGAGCUACUAGAGACAAGGUUUCCACCUCACAUACUAAGAGUUAACUUGUCACUUUCUAGGUGCAAACUUCCUCACUAAAUCAAUAUACCCAGCUGCAGACACAAUACCACACCCUAUAUGAAGUGGGAAUGGCAGGUCAUGUCCCUUUUUAACUGAAUCAGCCCACAAGUGAGAACAUGAAUCUUGUAUUAUUUCCUGCAGCACCCCCCUCCCUCCCAGGUGCUUCAUGCAAGCAG